GAGCUGCGGGCGAAGCGUGCGUAAGGCAGGGCAGUUUCUUUCUGGCUCGGGCUCGCCUGUCUUCCUUCCUCCGUCGCCUUCCCAUGGAGUUGAUCGCCUGGCGGGGGCUCCUUCUGUGCCUAUAGGCGGGACUCGCCUGCCAUCGCCCGCUUCUUUCCUCGCUGGCUGCUGACGCUUCCUGACCGCCAUGGGAGACGUGAUUUCCGCGCACCUGGACGAGAGCCGCCGCCAAUUCAUCGCAGAGAAGACUGGCAAAGUUCUUGCAGAUUUCGCUCGGUUCUAUGAGGAGCAAUAUGGAGUUGCGCUCUUCAACAGUGUCCGCUAUGAAAUUGAAGGUGGCGGGGGACCCCAAGCACAGCUCCUGCACCGCAAGGUUCCACUGGAGGACCGCACCAUCUUCUCGGGAAAUCUUUUCCAGUACAUGGAAGAAAACAAGAAGUGGAGAAACCGCUACAGUGUUGUGCUGCACAAUUACGGAUUGGUGCUCUAUGAAAACAAACUGGCCUAUGAGAGGGGGCUGCAGCCCCGAAUCCUACUCAACAAUGCCGGUUACAAAGUUCUCACCUCCCUGGAGCAGUAUCUGGAACUGACCAACAACAGCCUGCCAGGUCCUGCGCCCAAAUCUGGCAAUGCCGCCAUACUGAAGUGCCCCACCCAGUUCCCGCUUAUCCUCUGGCACCCUUAUGCCCGCCACUACUACUUCUGUGUGAUGACUGGCAAGGAGCACGAGAAGUGGCGGGCCGUCUUCCAGGACUGCGUGCGCCACUGCAACAACGGAAUCCCAGAGGACUCCAAGGUCGAAGCUCCUGCCUUCACGGAUGCCGUCCGCAUGUACCGCCAGUCCAAGGAGCAGUAUGGCACCUGGGACAUGCUUUGUGGCAAUGAAGCACAGGUCUUGAGCAACUUGGUGAUGGAAGAAAUCCUUCCUGAGCUGAAAAACAUGAUCGGUCCUCGGCUGAAGGGCAAAGCCCAGGAAAGGCACAGAGUUUGGAUCCAGGUCUCCGAUGCCGUGUAUAGGAUGGUUUAUGACCAGACGAGAGCCAGUUACGACGCAGCUGUGACAGCAUGUGAGCAUCAGCGUCCCAGCAUGCAAAGCACCAUCCGCACAGAUAUGGACCAAAUUAUCCAAUCGAAGGAGCACUUGGCCAGCAAAAUUAAAGCCUGUGUCCUUUCCAAAGCUGAGAUAUGCGUGCGCAACCACGUCCAGCCUUACAUCCCUUCUAUCCUGGAGGCGCUGAUGGUUCCCACCAGCCAGGGCUUUGCCGAGGUGCGAGAGGUCUUCUUCAAGGAGGUCACGGACAUGAACAUGAACAUCGUCAAUGAAGGGGGAAUGGAUAAGCUGGGGGAGUAUAUGGCCAAGCUUUCCCAGCUGGCUUUCCACCCAGUCAGAAUGCAGCCCUGCUAUGAGAAGAUGGACCAGUUGAAGCUGGAAGGGCUGCAGCAGAGAUUCGAUGUGUCCAGUGCCUCGGUGUUCAAGCAGCGAGCUCAGAUCCUGAUGAGGCAGCAAAUGGACGAUGCCGUCUACACCUUUGAGACCCUUCUUCAUCAGGAGCUGGGGAAAACAGCGGACAAGGAUGAGCUCUGCAAGACGAUCCAGCGCAUCCUAGAGCGGGUGCUCAAGAAAUACGACUACGACAGCAGCACAGUGCGGAAGAAGUUCUUCCGGGAAGCCCUGCAGCAGAUCACCAUCCUCCUGCUGAAGAAACUGGCGCCCACUUGCAAGGGGGAUUUACCAAAAUUCCAGGAGCUGAUCUUUGAAGACUUUGCCCGGUUCAUACUGGUGGAAAACACAUACGAGGAGGUGGUGCUGCAGUCGGUCAUGAAGGACAUCAUGAUGGCCGUGAAGGAGGCAGCGGUGCAGAGGAAACAUAACCUUUACCGCGACAGCAUUGUGAUGCACAACAGUGACCCCAACCUGCAUUUGCUGGGUGAGGAGACACCCAUCAACUGGGGGGAGGAGUACGGCGGCCAACCGGACUCGGACCCUUCAGACGAGAAACAGCGCCGGGCCAAGCAAGUGGUGUCCGUCAUCCACGUUGACGAAGGGGCCUUGCCUUACGACGUCACGUCUCUGGAGGGAUCCCCGGAAUUGGCAGAGCCCGAAGACCUGGGCCGCUCCCCUAGCUCUCCGGAGCCGGGCUCUCCUGGCAGCGUGAAGGAGCUUCGUGGGAUGCUGGUGAAGGAGUUCCAGGUGGAGGCUCCAGUCCCGGUUGGCGAGAAGGCGGAGGAGCAGCUGAGCAACGGCACCGUCAUCCAAGAGAGCAAAGAAGCCGCAAAGGAGAACGAGGGGGAAGCGCCGGCAGAGGGUCGCCCCGCAGAAUUCCCUGGUGCUCAGCAGGAUGAGGAGAGGGAGGCCGUCCCCACCACACCGGCCUCUCCUGCCCAACUACUAUCCCCAGCACCCGCUGGCAAAGUCCAGGUGGACUGCCAUCAGCCCAGCGACAAGGAGAUGGGGGAGGAAAAGGUGUCGGCCCAGAUCUGCGAGGUGGAAGCGGAGCCUCCCUUGGCAACUGGUGCCGGGGCCGCGGAAGACAGCGAGGGGGUGCAGACUGAGUUCUAAGCCAGGCCCCUCCUGCCGGAGGAUUUCUGUCGGUCACGUUAGCACCAAAGGCAGACUGGAGUUGGUGACCCUGUUGGGGUGGGGCUGGGAGGGCAGGGCGAGGGUAGGCAGUGCCUCGGCUGGUACAGCCGCAUCCCGCUUUUGUGAUGCGGGUUGAGCCCUCUGGAGGGGUGCCGCCUAUGGGAGGGGAAGCGAGGACGGAGUCCCCAAAAUGAUCCCGUUUGCUGCAAGGUGCUCCAGCUGCCUCGUGGGACCAGGCUGUUGCUGACCCUUCCGGGCCUCCGUAGCCCUGUAUAGAUUGCUUUCCUGCUCCCCUUUCUUUGCACCUUUUUUUCUACUAAUUGGAUUCUUCGAAUCCCCCCACCCCCGCCACUACUGAUGCUUGAUCCUGGACUUCAAGAAUGCCUGGAGCAGCAGGGCAGUGUGGCAGCCGGACCCGUCUGCACAGCCUGCAUUUAAUGUCUGCAUCAAUCUGACUUGGUCCCAUAAGUCAGUCCUGUGUAAUUCCACCUUGCUAGCUCGUCUUGAUGCAAACCUGAUUGACGCAAAGAAGUCUUUUGCCUACUCCCCCCCCCCCCUGCACUCCCCACUCGAACUAUUCCAGGGACACGGGAAACUUUUGUCUCCCGUCUCCCAGCCCUUCCCCAAGUUAGCACAGAUGCUGCAGUUUCAUACCCCACAGAACCCAGGUGCUUUCUGUGACAGUUUUGGGAAACUUGGAGGUGGCAAGCAGGGCGCCCGGUCUGCCUCCCCUUCCAAAGUCCCUGGACUGAGCAAGAGCCCCGAUGAAAGGAACCUAGCAAGUUGAAUGAGUAGAACUGAACGUUGAAAGGAGCAGCUUAAGAUGUAAAUGAAGGCCGAAGACAGGAUGUGAUGUUGGAAGGUGAGGUGAGGUUGCAGAAUGGAUUCUUUUCUUUCUUUCUCUCUCUCUUUUUUUUUUACUGGCGAGCAUCUUGGACUAAGUUUGCAGAUGAAGCAAGUGUGCUCCAAAAAUCCUCGUAUAUUUACAAGCCGCAAAACGAUACCUGCUGGUUCAUUCAGGGGGAGCACUUGGGUGUUGGUUUCCCCCCACUCCAUCAAUGCUUAUUUGUCUCGCUGGGAACUCUGCAGGGUGUCUGCAGUUUUUUAAAGGAUGUGUAUCCAAACCUUUCUAUUAAUGCACUAGUGUUUUUUUCCGGGGGGAAGUGGGGAGUGUCACUUUCGAAGCAGCCCAGUAAGAAGAUGUCCCAAGGGGUGUGUUUAUGCAAUCGUUGAAUAUGAAACUCUGGCCUGAGGGGACUGUAGGGUUGUUAUUUGCCUUUGUGCACUUGCGGCGCUGCUGAUGCAGGCUCAUUUUGGAAGAGAAUAAUGCAUUUCCUGCAUUGGAAGGUGUCCUGGGGGAUGCUACAGAUCUACUCCUAAAAACGUCAGUAAUAUUUGAUAAGGAGGAAUAAGUUCAGAGAUAUUUGCUGAUGUCCUUGGGAUAGAACCUCAUUCUCACAACAUGGUCCCAGAUUUUGGAUGGCACCACCCCCUUCUCUUCUUCUGUGCCUCUGCAGGAGAUGAAAAUGCAAAAAAAAAAAAAAUUGGUAGGGGCGACUAUGAUAGAUCCUCCUUUUUUCCUACCAGUUCUGUGGAAUGGAUAGCCCCUUGGCGGAAGGGCUACAAGCUGAAUAGCACUAAGUUUGGAAAUGAGUUUAAUCCACCUUUUUCCUCAUGUGGGGGGGGGGGAGGGGGCGUCCGGGUAGCGGCCAGCUUCUGACCUGGUGUUGUUCCCUCCCCCAAUUAAAUGUUCAAGACUUGCUUUUAUGUUACACGGUGCAUAUAUCGCUUUUUGCAUCUCUUCUUGAGUUUUGAGGCAGCUCCAGAGCUUUUUAGUUAGCAAGCUGGUGAAAGGAGACGAGGAACCUGAGUCAGGGAACCUCAUCUGAAGAGUGGCUUCGGAGAUCGCCACCUGAACAGGAUCCAAAUAUAGGGCAAAACUCCCAGGUGCAUUCCAGAGAGGGAACGUAUGUUUGCCCCUGAGGUGAUAAUGGCCAAUCCAGCCGUAAGAGAACACUGGUAUGUGCUGCUGCUUUCUACAUGUGUUUUUGGGUUGGGGUUAGAUCAGCCCCAAAUGGAUCUGCAUGUUUGGAGGCCGAGUGGGGAGAGGGAUUUGUGUGAAGAUGUACAACUGAGGUCUGAGCCGGGCAAGUGGGCCCGUUGGUUCAGCCCCGACAGCUGAAGAGGUUGCUGUUGUCUGCCGUGCCCUGCUCGGCAUAAGGGGGAAACAAAGGACAGAUGUACAUGUGUGGUCCUUUCUGAAAUAGCUGUGUUUGGAUGGCUGCAGAAUGACUUGGGCUGCAGCCCAGUUCCCGCCCGCCCACCCACCCCAUGAAAACUUCACAGAGAACAGGACACCUGCCUUCUGCAGUGUUGGGGGGUGGUGGAGGCCUGAAAAUGAUCCACGGAAACAAGACCUGAAGGCUUGGUUAAAAAGUAUAUCCAUGUGGCAGCAUUCUAGAACCUUCCGGUGAGACAGGAGACAGGCUGUGGCCCCAGCCGCCUUCUUGCUCUCCCCUCCCCUUCAAACUACGGUAGAAUUCCAACUUCCAGAUAACUUUCUUGAUGUCUCGUAACUUCUGUGUUGAAAACGAUUUGGGAUCUGGGCGGGGGGGGGGGGAAGAAUUGCUCAGGCGGGCUCCGACCUCCGUAAAAAGUGCCUUAAUGUUGAGAACCAAAGCCUUUUUUUCUCUCUUCCAAGAUAGUUUAUUGCAAAUGUUAUACCAAAUGUUUAAAGAAAAGUGCUUAUAUAUUAAUAAUAAAACCCAGCUUUAUUUAAUGUCAGCCAAGUCUGUCGUCUUCUCUUUUGAGGUCUUUGUGCUCUGAUGACACUGUAAAUGGUAGUUUUUGGUCUGCCCUGGUCACCGGGGGGGGGGAGGGUCAACCCUGGUUGGGAAACUCCUGGCAAUUUGGGGGUGGAGCCUGGGGAGGUCAGGGGCCUCAGUGCUCUUAGCCUUGGCAGGUAAAAAAGGUGGGCAGAGGGGGCACACCAGCCUCCCUCCCAGCAAAUAACUUGCAGGAGGGGUAUAUUCCAAUAAGAGAGACACACUAGGGUGGGAGGGUUGGCGCCUCUACUCUCUGGGUUGACGUCCCAAUCCAAAAUUUGCUUUUUAAAAACCGCCCGGAAAAUGCCGUCACAUCCCCAUGCAUCUUGUCUGCUUUUUGCCCUCCCUGAAACGGAACCAUGGCACAAACUAUAGGGAAAUUCCAGUUCAACCCCCUUCCCCCCAAUAAAACCCCACGCCAGAGUCAGUGUUCAGCCUGAUCGUGCAGCUCAAUCAACGCUGUGACUCCAGUUACGGCUAAAAUGGCCUGGAACAAGAGCCUCAGGAGGUGAUAUUCAGAAAGAGCACCUCCCAUAAUGCGUUCUCCAGGCAAACUGAAAGAACUCCACCCCGGGAACAAGAAUAUAGAACGUCCACUAAAGAGUUGAGAAGUGCUUCGGGCCCUUUAUAAUGUUGCCCAUCCAACAUGCAAUGUGUAAUGCUUCCCCACGCUCCCUAAAACACCAUUUGGAAAGCUCAGAGCAUGGCCGGGGAAUCUGCAUAAUGCUGGAAGUUUCCCCAUUAGCACCUGGCCCCUACUGCAACCCGCAUCGGGCAAUUAGCUGAGUGCCGCCUUCCUCAUUCUCUCCCGCGUGCCCUGCUUUAGGGCCUACCCUUUCCCAUAUAUUUUGCAGACUCUUGUCCAGUUGAGUUCCAGGAUUCUGGCACAAAUCAAGGCAACGAGACACUGCCACUCUAUCCCCACCGAACUAAGCUGGGGGCACACGUCGUUUCUCCAGUGCAAACUGGGAGAGGCAAAACCAGGGGUCAUUUCGUAGAAAAAGAGGUGCAGGAGCUCAUUAGCAUAAUU